GGUAGCCUCUGAGUUCCCAGCCUUUCCUUGCCACAAUGACCAGAUCCUGGCUGUGUUUGCCACUGCUCCUCUUGGGAGUCCUGCUCUUGGGUCAGCCGGCAUGGGGGGCACAGGAAGAAGAGAAUCAGCCGGAAUCAGGGGAUGGAGGACAGUGGCACUGUUGUCGAGGGCCAGCACCACGGCCGCUCACAUCGGAGGAAGAGUACGAGGAAAGGGCGAAACACGAUCGGCUUAGGUUGAAAGAUGAAGAGCAUUCUCAGUUUCUCAGGGAUUACUUCAAGAGAAAGAUUACAGAUUACUUUAAUGCGCAGAACCCCAAACAUUUCUAUAAGCUAUACGAGGAUGCAGAGUUUAAAAUCAAGGACGCCCCCGGGUUCAUAAUGGAAUUCACAGUGUAUAUGGUGAAGACCAAUUGCACAAAGGAUGACGAGGAGCUUCUUAGACCGUCGCCACGCGGCCGCAUCAGGCAUUACGACUACAUGGGUGAGUCGUCGUCAGCAGAAGAUCUGUCGGACUGCCAUCCUCUGUCCGAUGAAGACAAGGAGAUCCAGAAAUGCACGUUUUCAAUGUAUGUUGGCGGACAAGGCGAAGGGGGACGACACCAUGUCGUCGGUCAUCGCUGCAGAGAAGUGAAAAUUGUUGAAGAAAGUGAAGAUUGAAGCCUCUGCCUCCUUCCCAGAUGCUGCCGCCAGCCAAUUGUGGGGUGGGGGAAGGAGAAAUCCCCCCUCCAAUUGGUCCACUCCUUUCCUUCCAUGGCUGCAACACAAUCACUUAGAAGCAAACCUGGUGUCCAAGCCCAGCACAGUCCCCUCCUCCCCGUAGACACUCUGAUAGAUCUCCCCCCCCCGCCUCUGUUUCCCACUGUUCUGAAAUAGGAGAAUAAAAUUAACUUGCACAAGCAUU